AUCUUGGUCUCCGGUCUCCGUGUUGACGGUAGCUGCAGAAGAGAAACUCUCUCACCUGUCAAUCGUCUGAACUUCUUGCCAGUUUGCUAUUCUUAGCCUUAAAUUUUGAACUUUUUGCUCAGCCAUAGAAAUUAAUUGAUUAUUCUGUUUUUACCAUGGAAGAAACUAAAUAAUAAUCUGAGAUGGUUUUUACGACGACGACCUAGAAGCGGUUUUUUUUAGUAUUUUUCAAGAUAUGAAUUUGACCAACUAAAAUGAGAUCGAAUAUAACAGUUAAAAUCGUAGGUGGACCACGAAAAUGCAACUCGUUCCUGCUCGGCGUGGUGUUCGCCAGUGUGACAUGGACAGUGAUUAUAAUUUUGUACUCCCGACUCGUAAAAGAAAGCAAUCUCAACUCUGACCGACUGUCACCACAGCCUUCCUCUUUGAUGGUGGUCCACGAGUUCCUCCCCAAAGAUGCGCAUAACAAAGGCAACGUCGAAGGAGAAGACAAACAUCAGAAAAUGCUGGCGCAGUUGCAGCCCAAAAAACUGGAAAAUGAAAUCGGCAUGGUACGCUCUCUCGAAGAGCAGCGAAUUCGAGACCAGGGCUACAAAAAUCACGCAUUCAACACGCUGGUCAGCCACAAACUGGGAUACCAUAGAGAAAUUCCAGACACUCGAAACGCUUUGUGUGCCGACCAGAAAUAUCCUGAUGAACUUCCGUCUGCGUCGAUCGUAAUUUGCUUCUUUAACGAGGACCUGCACACACUCCUUAGAUCGGUCCACUCAGUCAUUGACAGAUCUCCGAAAAAGCUGAUCCACGAAAUUAUUUUGGUGGAUGAUAACAGUAAUUUAGAUAAUAUUCACCAUGAAGUUGAAGCUUACUGCAAGGAACACUUGCCAAUUGUAAUGGUUGUCAAAACGCCUAGGCGGGAAGGGUUGAUCAGGGCCAGGAUGUUUGGUGCGAAAAAGGCAUCCGGAGAUGUGUUGGUAUUCCUCGACAGCCAUAUCGAGGUGAAUCGAGACUGGCUGCUGCCGCUACUGUCGCGAAUCCAAGAAGACCCAAAGUCGGUGGUCACCCCAAUCAUUGACAUCAUCAAUGCUGACACAUUCCAGUACACUCCAUCCCCACUAGUCAGAGGCGGAUUCAACUGGGGCUUGCACUUCAAGUGGGAAAAUGUGCCUCAGUGGAAUCUAGAGAACGCAGCUGAUUUUGUCAAACCCAUAAAGUCACCCACAAUGGCAGGAGGCCUGUUUGCGAUGAAACGGGAAUACUUUGAAGAACUGGGCGCCUACGACUCUGGAAUGAAUAUUUGGGGUGGAGAAAACUUGGAACUGUCAUUUAGGGUUUGGAUGUGCGGUGGUCAUUUGGAAAUCAUGCCUUGCUCCAGGGUUGGGCAUGUGUUUCGAAGGCGCAGGCCCUAUGGCGCUCCGGACGGAGAGGACACGAUGACCAGAAACUCAUUGAGAGUAGCUCAUGUUUGGAUGGAUGAGUACAAGGACUACUUCUUCAAAGUUCGUCCUGAUGCACGACAUUUAUCAUACGGGGACAUCUCCUUAAGGCUCAAGCUGCGCGAAAAUCUGCAAUGCAAGUCUUUUGACUGGUACCUCAAGAACGUGUACCCAGAGCUGUCCCUGCCCUCUUCAGAGAAGGAAUCCAACCGACUGAAGAACAAGUGGCAAGCUCUAGACCCCGGCGGCAAAAAGAAGUUCCAGCCCUGGCACGCAAGGCAGAGAAACUAUAUCAGUCAAUAUCAGAUCAGACUCACUGGCUCCAACCUUUGUGUGCAGAGUGAAAAAGACGUGAAAACUAAAGGCUCCUACUUAAACCUUCAGCCAUGCUUGCGAGUGAAAUCUCAGAUGUGGUAUGAGACUGAUCGGCAUGAGCUCGUUUUGGCCCAAUUGCUGUGCUUGGACGGCACUGGAGACACACCCCGUCUGUCCAAGUGCCAUGAGAUGGGCGGACUGCAAGAAUGGCAGCAUCCUGGAAAGGUGGAAACAGCUAUCUACAACAUGGCAGCUGGCACUUGCCUAGGCUCGGACGACCCCUCCAAGGGCAACAGGGUGACAAUGGAGCUGUGCACCAAGCCGACCGCGGCCAAGUGGGACCUGGUGGUGGCGAGGAAGGCGCUCGAGCAAACCCCCUGACUGUGAUUGUUAAAUCUCUUUUAUUGUCUUCAUUUCGUUGCCAUAAAUCUUUGGCUGACUUUCCACUCCAACGAUACAAUUACUAAGUACAAAACUAUAUAGAGCAAAGGUGGGAAUAUGUGUUAGAUGAAAAUUUCAACAGAUGUCUUAGCGAUUAGUCCAAUCAGAUCGCAGCUCUGUGACUGCAUACUCAAUCAGAAUUAAUCAAGAAUCUUAUGCUCAAAACUUGAUCCAUAUGUAUAGUGUGAUCUUGAACCAUGCAUUUUUUCUCCAAACAGAUGAAUCUCUUGACAGCUGACAGCUACAUCGUUGUUAAUGCCCUGUUGUAACUUUUUUAAUGAUUAUUAUUUUGUUUUAUUGUUAACGAUUUAAUUGAUGCAUUAAAUCAUUGCCAUCAGAACCCA